ACUUGAUAACGUGAUAAUUUAUUUGUCAUGCACAACUCUAACACCACUCUAAUUCUACCAAGAAUCUAUAUUAAGUUCUGUGGAGAAAUAUAAGCUCGAGGGAAAUCCCAGAAUAAUUCAUUUUUGGUACGAAGGAAUCUCAUUUUAUACUUUGAAAGUGAACUAGAAAUAAUUUGUUUUGCUCCGGUGUAUCCGACACUGAACAGUAAUUGCUAAAAAAAACUAGUAGUUCUUUGUUAAGUGAUUAUAAAACAGCUAAUAUGCCUCGCGUCAGGAAACCAAAUGCAGUAAAGGCAAAUAACCUCAAGUUUUCAGAUGGUGAGGCGAAAACUCGAAAGCUGCCACUGAAAACAGAAAAUUUGGUAUUGUGGAAAUCACCUUUGAGAACUUUGAAGUAUGCGGCAAUGGAGUUAGUGUCCUUGUUACAACACUAUGGGAAAAGACUGAUGCUUCACCGAAAGCUUGUGAUGAUGUUCGCUAUUCUGUUAACUAUAAUGUUCAUAAUAUGUCAAAUGCCCGGUUAUCACCAGCAAUAUGUUCAGCUAGUUAAGGCGAAAGGAUUAUUUAUAAUUUAUUGGGCUGGACUUGGAGUACUUUCAUCUGUUGGUCUUGGAACGGGUCUUCAUACAUUCAUCUUAUAUUUAGGACCUCAUAUUGCCAGUGUGACGUUGGCGGCUUACGAAUGUAACUCUCUAGACUUUCCGGAACCACCGUACCCUAAUGAAAUCGUAUGUCCCGAUGAUGAAAAUUGCAGUGUCAUGCCCUCAAUUUGGAAUAUUAUGGCGAAAGUGAGGUUUGAAGCAUUUCUAUGGGGAGCAGGAACAGCACUCGGUGAACUUCCACCGUACUUUAUGGCGAAAGCAUCUAGACUGUCCGGAACGGAUCAAAACGACCCCAUGAACCAAAUAGAAGAGCUCCUGGAACGAAAGCAGCACGGUGAAAAGUUGAACCUUUUUGAACGUGGUAAAGUGAUGAUGGAAAAAUUUGUGGAAAAGGUAGGAUUUAUGGGGAUUCUACUGUGUGCCAGUAUUCCCAAUCCGCUUUUCGAUCUCGCUGGUAUAACCUGUGGGCAUUUUCUUGUUCCAUUCUGGACAUUUUUCGGAGCCACUUUGAUCGGCAAAGCUAUUGUCAAGAUGCACAUCCAGAAGAUAUUUGUGAUUAUUGCAUUCAAUGAAAACCUUGUCGACAAAGCAGUAGAUAUGUUAGUACUAAUUCCGGUGAUUGGUCGGAAAUUACAAGAGCCAUUCAAAGCUUUUCUGCAAAAUCAGAAAAAUAGACUACAUAAAGGAACAUCUCUGCCACAAAACUCAUCAAACAUCAUUCAAAGUGUUUUUGAAUACUUUGUUAUAUUUAUGGUGUGUUUCUUCAUAUCCUCUAUAAUUAGCUCAUUAGCUCAAAAUUACCACAAGAAACUUAGAAAUCCAAAGAAGAAUGUCUAAAUAAUGUUAAUGUUUUAUUUCGUAACGUAUCGGCUAGCAAUGUUGUAUAUAAAAAUAGGUGUAUUUCUAAAUUAAAUAAAAAUCAUACACAAA